CUAAAGUGUGUGGUGUGGCAAAUUGUGGUGCGGAAAAAAACGCUACUUCGGCAGCCCAUGUGGGAGCACAGCUGAGCGUCUGUGGGGUAAGGGGAGUGAGGAGAGAAAGAAGAGAGUUAGAAAGAAUUUUGAAGCGACACAGCUUCAGGUUCCUUAUUUUAUGACAGCGCUACCACUGACCACAGCCUGUUUACUCUGUCUAACGGACGCGUCCACUUGGUAGCGCGAGAAAACGUGGCUUUUGCAUCGGAAAGUCCGGCCGACGACUAAAUAAAUGGACGAAACAGCCAAAUAAGGCGAUUUUAUAAUACUGCGGCACAUUUGUUGAUGUCGUGACGUACGAUAACGUGUUGGUACAAACCCAUGACUAGAGUGCACCGAAGUGCCGUGUGAAUGGCGGUCGCGUUUCUCCUGGAAUAGUGCUGAGCGAAACACGGCAGAGUGUGUAGUGAGUGACUGUUUACUUCCACCGAUGGCCAAGACGCAUUCCACAGGAUUCGAGGCUGCACUUGUCUCCGUGCAAAAUAUGUCGUACAACCACGGUGUGAGAAAACGGAUACAACAGACGCAUCUGCACAAAAGUUCCGUUCAAAAUGCGCGGGACGUCAAAGCUCAAAACCUGAGACGUCAAAAUAGCACACUUGCACGGCUUUCGUCAUAGCGCAGCUGGCCAAUCCGUUUCUAGCUGGCGCGCGCCUUUAUGGAAUGACGGCCGGCACCGCGAGCCACGAACUACGAACGCGUCUAGACUUGCGUGCCGUUAAGUCACUGAAGUUGUAUGCUGAUUUUUUGCUUGUGUCAAUUUCCUACCAGCAUAUUGUCUCACGUACGAGUGGGCACGGAACUCUCGUCAUAAACGUAUAUCGACGCACCAAGCCUUGCGGGACGAAUUUCCCGAAAGCUACGAUGCUUCGUAACAUGCGGAUUCAGAGAGAGCUGGAGAUGCUCAACUCGCAAUUGCCUCCUGGCAUCGUGUGCAACCCGGUCGCCGAUAUGUUGGACAGCUUUGAAGCUGCCAUCACCGGAGCAAGCGGAACACCGUACGAAGGCGGAACCUUCAAACUCAACAUUCGCAUCCCCGAAAGGUACCCGUUUGAGGCACCCGUGGCAGUGUUCCAGACACCGGUGUACCACCCCAACGUGGACUCUACGGGCCGCAUCUGCCUAGACGUGCUCCAGAUGCCACCGAAGGGUCGCUGGCGGCCAUCGCUGAACCUCAAGGUCGUCCUCCUGUCACUUCACGCCCUGCUAGCACAGCCAAAUCCUGAUGAUCCACUUGUGCCAGAACUUGCUGACCAGUUCAAGUACCAGAGGGAAGUGUUCAACAGGCUGGCCGCUGAACACACGCGACGCCACGCCAUGGGCUGAACCUUCAGCACGCCGACCUAGUCUUGUUCACACUGCGCCCACUUGGGCCAGUGGGUUUUCCUUGUUUCAUCUCCAAGGAGAUCGGGAACUAAGAAUAAGUUCUUGUUCAUACUCCGGUGCACUUAUUUAUUUUAGAUUUUUAAACAUACGGGCUUGCCAGGAUCUCUUCACUGAGCAUAUAGCCCAUUCAUGCCUUUGUUUAUGUUUAUGAUCAGCCCUGCAGUGAUGUUCAUGACUCGGUUUUAUGUACCAUCAUGCUACAGUGUCCCAAUUUUGUCCUGUGCUGGCAGACUUGCAGCCUUGCAUUGGGCUCUGUAUUGUGCAAUGGAAGCUUUGAUGGAAAUGAGCCGUAAAACAAAGCCAUUCUGGAGGAAGUUUAGCUUUAGUAAUCAUAACUUCACAAUAACCCAUUGGAUCAUUUUUUCGUUGAUCAUGUGCUAUGCUAGCAACACCAAGUCAUGUUGCAUUUAGAAAAAUUUAGGUUUUAGUGAACUAGAGAAGCAAAAUGUUGCCUCGGCGCUGUGAGAAUGUGUCAAGGUAUGUCUUUCCAACCGCAGAAUGUUUAAGAUAUCAGUAUAUUUGUCGUGCGUGAAUCUCCUUUGCAAUAACCUGUGUUCAAAUUUCUGAUACUUCAAGGCAAUAACGUUGUUUUAGAGUCAAGUACUGCCAACUUGUGUUAACCUUGAUGGGACCUUGAAUUAUCCAUUGGGUCGAAUUAAAAAAGAAACAGGAAGAAGACCCAAACACACCGCUGCUUCUUGUGGCAGCAUUUACCCUAUUCUAAUGCACCCCCGAAUCUAACUUUCACGAAGUGUUUAGCAGUUCUGUUAGGAAACUAUUGUAAAAGUUAAUUACACUCAGCUCCUAAUUACGGUAACAUAGAAAUGACAUUGGAGCUCCUGGACCAAUCUUUAUUGAGCAAGAAAAAUGCAGCAUGCCUCCACGAUUGGGAAACGAUGAAACCAGUGAAGCUCAUCUUAGAAUGUAAAUUUAUUUACACCUAAUGUCCAUUGUCGUCCCUCUCAGACAGCAGUUUAUCGCUGUCUAUGAAGCACAUGCUUUCCUUAUGAUAUACAGUGCGUUUGACACUCUGCAUUCAUCGAAGUGGCUCCGCAAACGUGAUGGUGUACCACACCUAGACUAACUGCUUCGCUGGCUCAUCCUGUGACGCGUGCAGUUCUCCGGAACGCUGAAAACAUAUGACCUGACUUAGUUUCGGGAUUGAAGUAACAAGUUCUGGCCCAUAGAAAUCUAUGGGCAGGCACCAGCCGGGACCUUCAGUCAGGAUCAAAUUAGGCAGAGUCAAACAUACAAAUUUAGCCUGGUUUUCCAGAACUAUCAAUAUUUUUUUACUAAUUUACUGUAGAGAAAUUGCAGCAAAGUCCUGUUUUCUUAGCUAAUUGCCAGAGUAUUUUAGAUGGAACCAUGGACCAUAUUCUGAAAAGAUCCACUUCGACGAUACUAUUGCCUUGGCCAACGGUGCGCACUGAUUGGCUGUUUUAGAAAAAUUUGAUGAGCUGAUUGGCUUGUUGAGCACAACGUCAUUCAAAUUUUGCUCAACCAGCCAAGCAGCGUGCGCCUGAUGGCGAUAUUGUUUCCGAGGCAAUAUUAUCGCCCAAGUGGAUCGUUUCAGAAUACGGCACCAUUAGAGAUGUGUGUGUUUCUUGCAUAUUUAGACUGGCGAAGUGGAAGCUUACAAUGCUAAUUAAUAAGUUGCACUGUCCAAGUAAUAACACGUUGAUGCCAAAGCAUUGGAGCUUGCCGAAUCGUGUACUGGGGUGGCUUGGUAGGGAGUUUAGAAUUGUUAAGACGGAAUGAGGACGGAGAACAAGCAGAUCACAGUACCAGGUUUCUGCGCCGAAGUGGUGAAAAAGUUCCGAAUUGUCCCAAUCGUUCCAAAUAAUGGCUUUUCUGGCUUCAAUUAGCACCACUGUCAUUGCACUUAGACGGGAACCAAACAUUUCCAUUCAUGGCACCACCUAUUGUGCUACAGGAAGCCGACGCUUUUAACUCUGUCAUGCCGACUGUACAGUAUUAUUGCCAGACUGAAUUUCGACAUAUGUACUGACUUCCCAAACCAUUCAGCUUUUUAUUGCCUACCAGAGGAAUUCAGAGGAAUUCCUGAAGUUUAUUUCCAUGUUGGGAAUGUGAUGGUUUUCAUGUGAUACAGGGCACAUUACAGCGUUAAUACAGGCCUAAAAAUGUUCCUUAUGGUUGUCAAUUGAAAUUGGUACCACAUCGCAUGCAUUCUAGCCGUGUUAACAGCAUGGUCACUGCUAUUUGCAAAAUGGAUGUGCGCACUAGCAAUGUGCAAUUAAACAUUGCAAAUGCUAUGAAAACAUGUUCAUGUCUUAUUGUGUCAUGUACUCGGCAUUAUGUAGCUACCGAUUGGAAGACUUGCUCUGCUACUUUUAAUGUUAACCUUGUGUGGCAUAAUCCUAACAGUGGUUAGCUGGUGAGAAAUGGUCACGAGAAAAAAUAAACAAUGUAUGCAUGUCAGUAUGAUAGCAUCUUCAUGUUCAUGUUAGUGUACAGUGAGCUACAUAAAGGUCAUAAGAAAAUUCUCUGCUUUGUUCAUUACUAGUGCCUUAUGUAUUGUUCGAACAUUGGCAUAUAAAAAUGCCAGCCUUCGAGAGAGUCUGUGGAAUUGAUUUUCACUGUUUGGAAAUAAAGAUGUACAUUUGGGAGCCAGCUCCUGCCUCGUCCAUGUUCUUUCA